AUGAGCGCCCAGGGGCAGGAGCACGGACACGCGGUGGUCGUGUGGGAGUGGGAGAACCGUCACGGACGGUGGAGGCCCUACAGUCCGGCCGUGUCGCAGCAUCUCGAGCGGGCCCAUUAUAAGAAGCUCACGCGAGUGUUCCUCAACGACGCGGAUCCCACCCUCGACAGGUAUUACAUCAAUUUGAAGACAAAAACACAAUGCAGCGACGACGGCGACGAGACGCACAAUGUGAGGAGAAAGUUUUAUCUGCCGGGUUCGCCGGCCGGCAAAGGUGCCAAGUGGGAAUGGGCAGGUGACUCGGACGAUUGGCAUACUUACGACAUGGAAGUGCAAUGUCUUAUAGAGGAAGCCUGGGCGAGAGGUGACAAAACCAUCGACGUUUCCAAGACUUACUUGGGUUUCCCUUACAUCAUCAACUUCUGCAAUCUGACGCAAGUGAGAUGUUGCACGGGCUACGUGAGGCCGAUAAGGCGUGUACAACAGGCGCCCUAUCCGCUGGUCAAAGUCGCGCUGGAGGAAUUGCAGGUCACUUCCGGGAGGAGAUCCGCGUCGGUUACGGUCAAGAGUUCCGCCGUCAAGGUAGCGCAUAAGAAAUCGUCGAACGGAAGUGCGAAGAAAAACAGCAAGAAAAGCAAAAGCGGGGAGACGAAUGGACCGACGAACAUCGCGCGCGUUAUUCUCAGUAAUUUCAACAUAUUCAGCAGCAAACACGGGAUCGAGAACAAUCCCGCGGCGACGAACGUGGAGUCCGGACAGAAGAGGAAGACCUGGGACACGGUGCUGGACGUCGAUUCCAGCAGCACCAAGAGCGGUCGCCGGCCGAGCGUGGACACCGUGUCCACGUAUCUGAGCCACGAGAACCCGAUAGAUUUGCUGGACAGCAGUAUGGGAAGCGACGACGCGUUCAAGGAUUCCAUUCUCGGGAUGGACGCUACAUCGGACGUGAUAUCCCAGUAUGUGAAGGUGGUGGAGAGCGACGGCUCCGAUUCGUGUCCGGUGUGCCUGGGCGCUCCGGAGCCAUUGACGGUCGAGCUGACGCGCUGCAGGCACAGACUGCACUUGGCGUGCUUGAACGCGAUGCUCAGCUGCCAGCAGCCACCCAUGUACAUACAGUGCCCAGUCUGCCGUAUGAUCUACGGCGAGAAGAGGGGCAAUCAGCCGCCGGGCAUGAUGAAUUGGACGCGGAUACCGCGGGCAUUGCCGGGCUUCCCGAACACCAAUACUAUACAAAUCACUUAUGACAUUCCAUCGGGAAUUCAGGGUAACGAACACCCGAAUCCGGGCCAGGCGUAUUACGCCGUGGGCUUCCCCCGGGUGUGCUACCUGCCGGACAACAAUCUCGGCCGCCGUGUACUGAGACUGCUGCAGAUCGCGUUCGAGCGCAGGCUGAUCUUCACGAUCGGCCGUUCGGUCACUACCGGUCGCGAGGACGUCGUCACGUGGAACGAGAUCCACCACAAGACCGAGCUCGGACCGUCCACGUCCGGCCACGGCUACCCCGACCAUAGUUACCUCGAAAGAACGCUCGCGGAACUGGCGGCGCAAGGUGUGACCGACGGGCAAUCGUCGCCGAUAUAUCAACAAUUGCAUUAAUUAAUUGCGAUUGAUCAACAUAUAAAUGAAGCAUUCGUGCAAGAAUGAGUUUGACCCACGAGAUAAUUUCGAGAAAGAGGAGAUUCGCCUGCUUGAAAUAUUCGUAAAGCUUCGGAAUCUCUCUUCACUAUCGAGCACAAUCUGUUUAGGGGAUUUUUAGUACGUUGUACCAGGUGGUGGCUUUACGCCUCCCAAACAUCUCAAGAUUAUAUGACGCUUUUUACAAACUAAAAUCUUUAAUUCAAUAUAAAUAUCAAAAAGAAUCGAGCCAAAGACGGUUAAUAACACUGGGUAUUUUAUAAUAAUAGAUUGAAUUGAAAACGUUGAGUUUAAUUUAUUGUAAUUAUAGAUUAAAUUUAA